CUGCUCCAGCGCUACUGCCACUUCGGAAUCAGAACUCCUCUCCCCUGGUCGGCGGCGGCGGCGGCGACGGCGACGGCGACGGGAGGAUGGCGAGCGUGUACAUCCCGGUGCAGGGCACGGAGGAGGAGGUGCGGGUGGCGCUGGACCACCUCCCCCAGGACGCCUCCGACAUCCUCGACAUCCUCAAGGCCGAGCAAGCCCCUCUCCACCUCUGGCUCAUCAUCGCGAGAGAAUACUUCAAGCAAGGAAAGAUAGAACAAUUCCGACAGAUUCUUGAGGAAGGAUCCGGCCCUGAAAUUGAUGAGUAUUAUGCUGAAGUGAAGUACGAGCGGAUAGCCAUCCUUAAUGCUCUGGGUGCUUUCCAUACUUUCUUCGGAAAGGCCGAGAGAGCACCGCAGAAGGAAGCGCAUUUCAAGGAGGCCACCCAGUACUACAAUAGGGCAUCCAGGAUAGAUGAAACUGAGCCGUCUACAUGGAUUGGAAAAGGUCAACUCUGUGUGGCCAAGGGUGAGCUGCAAAUGGCAUCCGACUCGUUCAAGAUUGUGUUGGAUGAGGAUGGGGAUAAUUUCCCAGCUCUUCUUGGUCAGGCUUCGGUUUAUUUCCUGAUGGGUGAUGCGGAACAGCAACACAAAAAGGCUUUGGAAUGUUACAGGAACUCGUUAGAUCUCUAUAAGAGAGCUCUGCGGGCCUAUACAGAUUGUCCUCCUGCUGUAAGGCUUGGGAUUGCUUUUUGUCGAUACAAACUUGGCCAGCUAGACAGGGCUCGACAAGCUUUUGAACGAGUUUUGCAGUUGGACCCUGAAAGUGUUGACGCACUAGUAGCACUUGCAAUCAUGGACUUGCAAACAAAUGAGGCCGGUGGCAUUCGCAGAGGGAUGGAAAAAAUGGGAAGAGCCUUUGAAAUCUAUCCUUAUUGCACUUUGGCACUCAACCACCUAGCCAACCAUUAUUUCUUUACUGGCCAGCAUUUUGUGGUUGAGCAACUGACUGAGACUGCUCUCUCUUCAAGCAAUCACGGGCUACUGAAAUCACAGUCCUACUAUAACUUGGCCAGAUCAUACCAUAGUAAGGGGGACAUUGAGACUGCUGGACGGUAUUAUAUGGCAUCUGUCAAAGAAAUCAAUAAACCGCAAGACUUUGUGUUGCCAUUUGUUGGACUUGGUCAAAUACAUCUGAAAUUUGGUGACUACAAACGUUCCUUAGCUAGCUUCGAGAAAGUUCUGGAGGUACACCCUGAAAAUUGUGAAAGUCUAAAGGCCAUUGGGAACAUCUACACAAACUUAGGUGAAAAUGACAAAGCCAUAGAAACCUUCAAGAAAGUUACGCGGAUUGAUCCAAAAGAUCACCAGGCAUUUGUUGAACUCGGUGAAUUGUUGGUGGAAUCAGAUUGGGCUGCUGCCAUGGAAUACUUGAAAACAGCACGUAGUCUCCUAAAGAAGGCAAGUGAGAAAAUACCUGUUGAGUUGCUCAAUGGAAUUGGACUUCUUUAUUUUGAAAAGGCGGAGUUUGAGCUGGCUGAACAAAGCUUUAAGGAGGCACUAGGAGAUGGUAUCUGGGUUUCAAUGAUGGAUGGGAGCGUUGGUAGAUCUAUGGUUAGCUGGAGUGUACAGUACAGGGAUCAGACUUUCUUUCACCAACUUGAAGAACAAAUGCCUGUUGAGUUACCUUGCGAUAAGGUCACCACAUUGUUUAACUAUGCAAGAUUACUGGAAGAGCUUCAGGAUACUGUGAAAGCCAGCCUCCUUUACCGUCUCAUUAUUUUCAAGUACCCGGACUACAUUGAUGCCUAUCUGAGGCUAGCGGCUAUUGCAAAAGGAAAAAACAAUAUUCAACUGAGCAUUGAGCUGAUAGGUGAUGCUCUGAAGAUAAAUAGUAAGUAUCCGAAUGCACUGUCUAUGCUUGGAAGUCUUGAACUCCAGAGUGAUGAAAACUGGCUCACUGCAAAGGAACGUUUCCGUGAUGCUAAAGAUGCUACUGGGGGAAAAGACCCAUACUCUUUGCUUCAGCUGGGGAACUGGAACUACUUUGCUGCCAAUCGCCCAGAGAAAAAGGCCUCAAAAUUUGAGGCUACUCAUAGGGAGAAAGCAAAGGAGCUAUUUUUGAAUGUACUAAAGCAGAAUCAGAGUAAUAUGUUUGCUGCAAAUGGUAUUGGAAUCUUACAUGCCGAGAAAGCCCAAUGGGAUAUUGCCAAGGAGUUAUUUACCCAGGUACAUGAGGCUGCAUCAGGAAGUAUAUUUGUUCAGGUACCUGAUGUAUGGAUCAAUUUGGCUCAUAUAUAUUUUGCUCAAGGCCUUUUUCAACAAGCAGUUAAGACGUACCAAAAUUGCCUGCGGAAGUUCUUCUACAACACAGAUGCAACUAUACUCCUAUACCUUGCCCGAACACAUUAUGAAGCUGAACAAUGGCAAGAGUGCCGGAACUCUUUGCUGAGAGCUAUACAUUUGGCUCCAUCCAAUUAUUUGUUACGGUUUAAUGUCGGCGUUUCAAUGCAGAAGUUCUCAGCUUCUACUCUACAGAAGACAAAAAGAACAGCUGAUGAGGUUCGUGCAACAGUGAGUGAGCUUGAGAAUGCCAUCAGGGUAUUCAGCCUGUUGUCUGUUGCAUCGACGUACCAUUCCCAUGGUUUCGAUGAGAGGAAAAUAGAAACGCAUGUGGAGUAUUGCAAACAUUUACUUGAUGCUGCAAAGGUUCACCGUGAUGCAGCUGAACAAGCUGAGCAGCAAACCAAGCAAAGGUUGGAAGUUACCCGUCAAAUUGCUUUGGCUGAUGAAGCUCGCCGGAGGGCUGAAGAACAGAGGAAGUUUCAGCUAGAAAGAAGGAAGCAAGAGGAUGAAUUAAAGCAAGUAAUGCAACAGGAGCAGCACUUUGAGCGUGUCAAGGAACAAUGGAAACAUUCCAGCAACAGCGCUGGCAAGAGGAAGGAUAGAUCCAAGCAUGAUGAUGAAGAUGGGGAAAGUGGGAAGAGGAGGAGGAAGGGUGGCAAGAGGAGGAAGGAUCAGAAGACAAAGAUGCAAUACGAGGAAGAGGAAGAGGAUCAAUACAGAAAUGAACCAGAAGAAGAUGAUUAUGCAACUAUGACUGGUGGUGACAGGUCAGGGAAAGCCCCCGAUCACCUUCUUGCGGCUGCUGGUCUUGAAGAUUCUGACGCCGAAGAUGAUACGGGACAUCCCCAGACUGCAAUAGAGCGAAAGAGACGAUCAGCAUGGUCAGAAUCUGAUGAUGAUGAACCAGCGCGGAGGCCAGUGGAACCUAGCCCACGCGCGGACGAACCGAGUGAAUGAUAUAGUUUGUAGGACGAUGCUCUCUUGAGAAUGAAAGGCGAUGAACAUGUAUGCGAUAACUUUAUGUUUAUGCAGACAUUGGCUCCCUUGAUGUGUAACAAAAAAGCAAUGACGAUCAUCAUUAGUUUAAGGUCGUCAAAGGUAACACAAAUACCCAGGUGGAUGGGGUUUUCCCGGUUAGAAAUGAUCUUGGUAAUCUAA